UGCAGGGGAAGUGGGGCCAGAACUAGCCCAGCGCUCGCUGAGCACAGGCCCUGCCAGCUGGGGCACAGGCAGGCGAGGACCAUGGCUGGCUUUAAUGUCCGCAGCGUUCUGGUGACUGGGGCCAAUCGGGGAAUCGGCCUGGAGCUCGUCAAGCAGUUUCUGGAGAAAUCCAACCCACCCGAGUGGGUCUUUGCGACCUGCCGGGACCCGGAGGGAGAGCGAGCGCAGCAAUUGAAGAACUUGGUGUCCAGGCAUCCAAACCUGGUGAUCGUUGCGCUAGAAGCUACUGACCCAGCCAGCAUCAAGGCGGCAGCAGCCAGAGUUGAGGAGCAUCUGAAAGGCUCGGGACUGAAUCUGUUGAUAAACAACGCUGGGAUAGGGAGGAAUGGUACACUAGAGUCUCAGACGCUGGAGGGCAUGUCCCUGGUGUACACAACAAAUGUGACGGGACCCCUGCUGGUGAGCCAGGCGUUCCUGCCCUUGCUGAAGAAGGCUGCCCAGGGAAGCAACCAGAAAGGGCUGAGCUGUAGCAAGGCGGCCAUUGUCAACAUGUCCAGCGAGGCUGGCUCCAUCACGAAUCUCUUUGCCUGGCAUGUGGGCCAAGCUAUCGCCUAUCGCUGCAGCAAGGAUCUGGGAUCAUUUCCUGUAGGGCUCAUUCCCCUUCCCCACACGCUGCUGUCUCUGCUCAUGGUGUCUCGCCCACAGGCUGCUCUGAACAUGCUCACCAAGUGCCAAUCCUUGGGGUAUGAAGGAGACGGGAUCCUGAGCAUCGCUGUCCAUCCUGGCUGGGUGCAGACUGACAUGGGGGGCUUCACGGCCCCACUGACGGUGGAUGCAAGUGUCCGAGGGAUCCUGAACGUGCUCCCGACGCUCUCUGAGAAGGACAACGGGGCCUUCGUGAGCUGGGAAGGGAAAGUUCUUCCCUGGUGAGAUGCCCCCUGGCCACAGGACAGGAGCCCCGGGUCAGGCCGUUCCAGUGACCGCGCUGUAAGCCGUGCCUGUGUCCUCAAUAAACCCAGUGUUCUAAUGCCACA